AGGGAGGUGCUGGCAACGCCGCGGCCAAUCCAUUCGCCCCAAGGCCAUUUUCUGCCCUCCCAUCGGCCUCCUGCCAGUGCAAUUGUCCUCAAUUGGACCCCAACCGUUGCCAAGUGUCCAGGACGCGUGCCGCUGUCCUCAAUCAGCCUCAAAUCGAUGGGGAAACUCAAAUUUCGCUUGCGCCUACUCAAAUCUCCCGGCACUUGGGCGGACCAAUCGCAAUCGACCACGCCACUCGGCUGGAUUGCGUCAGCCAAAUCGCCCCUGGAUACGCAUAACAAAGCCAUUGUUCGUUGAGAUCAGAAGCGAUUUGCUUGUUUGUUGUGGAAUAGUGCGCGAUGACGUCCACAGUGCUACCAGUGCCGGCCAUUCUGAGCAUUCUGAGCGACAGCAACUACCUUCUGGAUCAGACUGCCGAUGGGCAGAUGCAGCGGGCGAAGAAGCGCCGUCUGGACCAUCUCUCCUGGGAGGAGAAGAUCCAGAGGAAAAAACUAAAGAACCGAGUGGCGGCGCAAACGUCGCGCGAUCGCAAAAAAGCCAAAGUGGAACAGAUGGAAACCGCCAUCCAGCAGCUGUUCAACAAGAACGAGACGCUGAUUGGUGAAUGCGACCGCUUGCGGGCGACCAAUGAGCGCCUGCUGGCCGAGAACAGCGAACUGCAUCGUCGCCUACAGGAAACGCCCCCCUGCCAAUGCCAGAGCCGGACUGUCGUGUGCGCGCCCGAGAGUGGAUCAACCGAGUCCCUCCUUCGGCCGAAAGGAACGAGCGCCUACUCAGCAGCGGCUCUAGCAGACGCGCGGAAGCGCCACCUGUUGAGGACAGUCCUGAUUUGCCUUCUCUUCCAGAGCUGCUUGACCAGCUGGAGUCGGACACGGUCGACCUCAACGCGCUCGAGCACUUCACUCAGACCCUACUCGAGGACAUUGCCCGAGAUCUGGAGAACGCUGCUCAGAAGACAACCGAUCAAAUCUGUUGGCCAGUGUGUUGAGUUAAUUAGUAAUGCGCCUUUUAUCCAGAGCUCCCGGCUGAACCAAUCAGCAGCUGAUUAUCCGUGGGCGUUUUGCAGGACCAGGAAGCUGUUCCAGACAAAAUGGUGGGGGCGCCAGCAAAGCAGCUGGAACCCAGUGGCGGCGCAGCCGUAGAUCCGGACAUUUCGCAGUAUCUGCUGCUGCACCACAACUACGCAAAGAGUCGGCCCGCGAAGGAGGCGCAGCCCCCCAGGAGGCUGAAGGCGCUGCGCCCCAAACCGCCCGCUUGCGCCCAUCAGCCGCUCCUCCCGCGUGCUGAGGUCGCUGGAAAUGUCUCGCCCAAGUCGGAUAUGGGCUACGAGUCCUUGGGGUCCCCCUUGAGCAGCUGCGAGCUGGACAGUUGGGACCAGAGCGUCUCGGGCCUGUUCCCCACCUUGUUUUAGAUUUUUUUGAAAUUUUCCCCGACGGGUUAAGUUUCUAAUUUUAGUUGUCCUAUUGGUUAAGUUUCUAGUUUUAAGGGGCGCAAUAUAAUUGAUUUUGAAGCA